AUGGCGGACCGCCAGGUUACCCAGCAGACAAUUUACAGUCUGCUAGCGAAGCUUGAUGACCCCGAUGCCGACUUGAGAUACAUGUCCUUGAACGAUCUAUAUGGGAUCCUGACCAACCCGAACUCUUCAUUCCUCUCUCAUGACCGUGGCACAUCAACAAAACUUGCAGAAGGUCUGCUCAAGGCCCUGGAUGAUCAACACGGGGAUGUGCAGAACCAGGCCCUCAAAUGUCUCGGUCCUCUCGCUGUUCGCUUGCCAUUUGAAUCCCUUACACCUCUCCUCGAGCAGUUGGCCAGUCUGACUGCCUCCCAGACGAUAGACACAUCCGUCCCCAACACUGCUCUUCGCGUCAUCGUCGAUACCCUCCCUCGUCCCCAGUCGGGCCAACCAGCAUCUCAAAAUGCGAUCACGGCAUACUCGGCAGUUUCGAAGGUCCUGGUCCCCCGUUUGACCGGGCCGACACCCUCAAGCACAGGGCGGCGGGGCUCAAUGGUGAAGAGCAUGAUGGAGAAGGAUCCAUCACGGGGCUUCAGCAGUGAUGCCAUCGAUGUGCUCAUCAAGGUCGUGACAUGCUUUGGUCCUCUUCUCCAAGAGUCGGAGCUUGCUGCCCUCCAGGUAUCCGUCAUGGCCAUCAUCCAAAACGACACGGCUGGAACUGUUGUCACCAAGCGCGCCCUGACAGCCAUCUCGGCGCUUGUGCUCCACUUCUCCGAUACCCAGCUCAACGACUUUGUGUCCAAUCUAACGAAAACAUUGUCUUCCAAUAUUUCUAUGGUGCAGCGUCGGCACUUGAUCGCUGCAAUUGGCGUUAUUGCAAGAACUGCACCUGCGAAGUUUGGCCCACACCUGGAUACCCUUGCUCCUUUCGUCUUCUCAGCAGUCGGGGAGGAUAACGUUACCCGGGCAAACUGA